AGUAAUAGAGCGUCACUCUGCUGUCAAACACACAACUACACCAGACCCCAGGCACAUCAGCCUUUCCCUUUUACCUGCUCUGGAUCUACAAAGCUGAAUUCUCUGCAAGGCUUCUCCUAAUUCUUGGAUUUACAUACACAGAUGCCAGGACAGAGGACCUAAUCCUCUCCAUUCACAUUGGAAGGACCACUCUGUGUUUUGAUGCAAUUUAAUAUUUUCAACUUUGACUAUGGCACAGAUGUCUGCGACUGAGAGCCCCCUUGCCAGUAUCAGCACCAACAUCACUGGUGAAGCUGCGGAGACGAUAAAUCCUUACAUCACACAAUGGAGCAUUGCUCUCCUAACCAUCAUCCUGGCUUUGGCCACCUUUGGAAACUCGCUGGUUCUUUUCACCCUCCUUAGGCGGCGGAAGCACAAUGCCCUCAUGCACACCUUCAUGAUCCAUCUCUGCCUGGCAGACUUGGUGGUGGCUUUUUUCCAGGUUUUGCCACAACUUAUCUGGGACAUCGUUGACCGAUUUCCAGGUCCAGAUUUCCUGUGCCGCUCAGUAAGAUAUCUUCAGGUUGUUGGGAUGUUCGUAUCUUCUUACAUGAUUGUGGCCAUGACCUUUGAUAGGCAUCAAGCUAUUUGUCGACCUAUGAUGACAUUUAAAAAGGGUUCCGCUCGGUGGAAUAUCCCUGUCUGCUUGGCAUGGGGGGCAUCUGCAGUUCUCAGCCUUCCACAGAUUUUUAUUUUCUCAAGAACAGAGGUCCAUCCAGGAGUCUAUGACUGCUGGGCAAGUUUUGUGCAGCCAUGGGGUCUCAAAGCUUAUGUGACGUGGAUAACUUUGGCUGUCCUCAUCCUGCCAGCUUUGUUUAUCACCACAUGCCAAGUCCUGAUUUUUAGAGAAAUUCACUACAGUAUGCACUUGGGGACAGAAAGGUCGCCGGGGUCAAGACGAAAAGGAAAAUUGGUUAGUGGGACGAAUGGCAUGCCGCCAACUUCAGAUUCCGGCGUGACAAAAGCCAUGUCCAAGACUGUGCGAAUGACCCUGGCCAUUGUACUGAUUUACGUGAUAUGUUGGGCGCCAUUCUUUAUUGCUCAGCUGUGGAAUGUCUGGAAUGAAGGUGCAAAUGUUUCUAUCAGAAUUUUGAUGAUCCUAGCUAGCCUGAACAGUUGUACCAACCCUUGGAUCUACACCAUCUUCAGCAGCAGUGUUUCCAAAGACAUCCAAGCCAUCCUGUGCUGCUGCGUCUGUAAAAAAAGACAACGCAAAAACUCUCUGCCUGAAGACUCCUGUUUUACUGGUUCCACCUCGUUACCCAAAGAGUCCCUGUACUGAGCACAAAGCCAAAGACAUACAAGGAGAUGGAGGCACUGUAGUGCCGACCAGUCCGAGGUCCCAAAGAAAAAAAAAAAAGGACAAGCAGAAGAUCUGUGGCAAUAAAUAGGGAAACAAAGGUGACAAAGUCAGAUCUGCUUAUCAAUGAUUUCACCGUGUCACGAAAAUAUCUAAGAUACAGAAAAUUAGGAAUAAGCCACUAUGUGUAUAAGAACAAGCUUCUUUCUUUUUAGACUCUUUGAUCAAACUGCACCUUAUGAAGUCAAGGAAAGCAACAAAGAUGUGAAAUGCUGUAGGUACCUAUAAAGCUGCUUGAUAAGGACCUAUACUUGUCGGCAACAACACUUCUCUCAUAUGGGACACUGAUGGACCAAUGUCAAAUUAUCAAGCAACAUUUACUUUGAAUAAUGGUCUAUUGGAUGCAGAUCAUCAUGUUUCGGGAUGAAAGGCACAGCAAAUUGCUUAAAUGACAUCUCAAGAAUGUUAUUUACUCUAUUUUCACAGGCCGGAAUGAACCUCUUCAUCCGUUUUUCUAUUUUCAAUAACUAUGCGUUCCUAAGUCCUGUGUUCAGGAGAUGAGUUGAGUUAGGCUCAUUGACGAGUCUACUACUACUUUUUAGACUUGCUUAUGAUGUAAAAAGCUAAAUCUGCUUAAAUAUUUAUGUAAUAUAAGAGAAAAUGAAUGUAUAAAUGAUUUCUAUUUGUAGUAAGA